CCAUGUCUCACAACUGUAUCGCAGUUGUGCUUAUCAUUCAAAUCAUUUGCCCCCUAGUCUCUGGCGACCAAGCGAGCACUACUAGCGAUAAGGACGACAGGUUAGCUUGGUACUCAGCUUCGAGCGAUCGCAGCACGGUGGAAAUACUCUGGACAUGCCUCUUCACCAUCUUCCUCUGCUGCUGGACCGCCAUACAUCCCGACAUACCUCCCCCCGGCUCAUCCUGGAAGCAGCAAUGGCUCGACCGAACCAUAUGCCUCUUUAUAGGGGCAAUCGCACCGGAGGUCUUCAUCUACAUCGCUCUAAUGGAGCGCUUCGUUGCGAGAAAGAGAUUCGAGGGACCAAUGAAAGGCCUAGCUGAGGACAAAUAG